UAUAAACCGACAAAUGUGAAGUUAACGCUAACUAGUUAGCUUAAUGUAAAACUGCACCUUAGCAAAAGUUGACGUUAGCUAUCUCCUGUUAGCAUCAACUUAUAUUGACGUAGGUGAGCUCGUGCCGACAAACGUUAAAAGUCCGUUAAAUCGAGAGAACGGGGCUUUGGGGUACCUUGCUGCGGUCUGAUGGGUUCAUGUUAACGGCCAGCAGAGCGCAGCCCGUUCAGCGCCAUGGCCCUCGCCGAGGAGCAGCCGGAGAAACACUGUUGGGUGUGUUUUGCCACGGAGCGAGACGACCACAGCGCGGAGUGGGUGAGCCCCUGCAGGUGUAAAGGCUGCACUAAAUGGAUCCACCAGGCCUGUCUGCAGCGCUGGCUGGACGAGAAGCAGAAAGGAAACAGCAGCGGAGCGGUCAGCUGUCCCCAGUGUGGCACUGAAUACCACAUUACCUUCCCCAAGAUGGGCCCGUUGGUGUAUUUCCUCCAGCAGGUGGACCGAGCUCUGACCCGGGCCAGUCCGUUCGCUGCCGUCGGGGUGGUGGUCGGGACCGUGUACUGGUCUGCCGUCACAUACGGAGCUGUGACCGUCAUGCAGGUUGUGGGUCAUAAGAAGGGUCUGUAUGUGAUGGAGCGAGCCGACCCUCUCUUCCUGCUCAUGGGCCUGCCCACCAUCCCCGUGGUGCUGGUGCUGGGGAAGAUGUUCCGCUGGGAGGAUUAUCUGGUGAGGCUGUGGCAGAAAUACUCCUACAAAGGGAAGCUCCCACCAGGUGGCCGGCGCUACGUUCCCCGGGUCCCUGGUGACGGGUUCGGCGCCGGAGAUCACCUCUCCGUGUCCAGGACUCUGUGUGGAGCGCUGGUCUUCCCCUCCAUCGCCAGUCUGGUGGGACGCCUGCUGUUCAGACGCAUGCCCUCUAAUCUGCAGCGCACUGUGCUGGGCGGCAUCGCGUUUGUGUUGAUUAAGGGAGCGCUGAAGGUGUAUUUCAAACAGCAGCAGUGCGUCAUGCAGAGCAGCCGGAACAUCCUCAACUACCCCGAGAGGAACGGAGACGGACAGAACGACGGUGGAGAGGACGACACGGAGGACACAGAGGACAGUGGAAACGAAUAGUUUCACUAACGUGGAGAGAGAGAGAGAGAACUGUGAGGGCAGACAUGGUGGUUCAAAAGCAAAAUGUAUUUAACUAUAAAACACAAAGGUGAGUGCUUGUGUAGAGGAGGAGGGGAGUUUGGGUCAGAAGAUAUGAGAAACUAAAGAGAAAAUUCAGUAUGUUUCACUAACGUGGAGAGAGAGAGAGAGAGAACUGUGAGGGCAGACAUGGUGGUUCAAAAGCAAAAUGUAUUUAACUAUAAAACACAAAGGUGAGUGCUUGUGUAGAGGAGGAGGGGAGUUUGGGUCAGAAGAUAUGAGAAACUAAAGAGAAAAUUCAGUAUGUUUUUUCAACCUGGACCCUAAUUUCCCAUGCAUUGGGGUCUUGAUGUCUAAUGUGUCUCUAGACGUUAAAUAAGCCGGCUUUCACUACUGAACUUUUUGUUAAAUUCACACAGAUACAGAAACGUUAGGAUGCUGUUAAAACUAGAAGGGCACAUAAGACAUAACCUGGCUCACAAUGUAAAUGCAGUUGGAGUUCACCUGGCCGGGAACUCAUUUUCCCAAUUAUCCCGACACCACAUGAAAGCAGCACAUACACCCUAUCUUGUAAUGAAUCUGUGUAUCUGCCGCCGUAAUUCAGAUCCACACACACACACACACACACACACACACACACACACACACACACACACACACACACACACACAUCCCCACACACAUACGCACACACACUCCCCCACACAUAUACACACACGCACACACUCCCCACACACAUACGCACACACACUCCCCACACACAUAUACACACGCACACACUCCCCACACACAUACGCACACACACUCCCCACACACAUACACACACGCUGCCUAAUGUAUCUCCCGUUUUGAUUACAUUUAUGAUUUAAUUUGAUAUCAAUCAGGUUAGGGGAAUUACCAGUUCAUCUUGGAUAUAACAGAGAUUCUCAGAGAACUUCUGCUGUAAAUUGUACCAACAAGAAGCAAACCCUCAGAUAUUUAAAUAAUGCAGCGGGUUAAUGUUUACAUUAACAACUGACCGCUGAAAAGUUUGAUUAAAGGACUUUUUACUUCUGCAUCCAUGGUGAAAAGGCAGAUAUUAAAAGAUCCAUUUCCGGAUAAAUUAAUGGAUAUCAGUUCACUCUAACAAUGAUCAUUUUAACCCAGCCAGCCUCUGUAAAUGCAUAUUCUGCACCUGGUGUUUUGAGUGCAUGUCUGAUGCAGUCUGAUAUAAAUUCUUUCUCACGUA